AUGGGUGAUAAGAGUGUGAAUCUCUCUAAUCAAUCCGAUGGUUUCGCUGUUUUCACUUUAGAUCCCUCACAUCCCCUUUAUAUUCAUCCUUCAGACAGUCCCGGCACUCAUCUAGUAUCUCCUCCUUUCGAUGGUACUGGUUUUGUUGCCUGGCGUAAAAGUAUGCUAGUUUCCCUUUCUGCCAAAAAUAAAUUGGCACCGAUUGAUGGUCGUCAGUCUAAACCUUCUAGUGAUUCACCUUAUUAUCCUUACUGGGAAAGGUGCAAUGAUAUGGUGGUUGCAUGGAUCACUAAUUCCCUAUCUAGAGAUAUUGCCACUAGUGUUCUAGGGGAUGACACUGCAAAAGAAAUUUGGUCAGACAUAAAGGAGAGGUUUGGUCAGUCUAAUGGUUCGAAAUUCAUUCAGAUACAAAGGGACAUUGGAACUAUUUCCCAGGGUACCUUAGACAUAGCCUCUUAUUUUACCAAAUUUUGUAGUCUUUGGGAUGAGCUUCAGACUGCAUAUGUAGGUCCUACAUGCUCAUGUGGUGCUCUACCAAAAUUUCUUGAUGAGAUGAAACUGUAUUGGUUCUUGGCUGGACUGAAUGAGUCAUAUAAUACUGUCAAGAGCAACAUCCUCAUAAUCUCACCAAUUCCAUCAGUUACAUACCCACAAUAUCCUACUGGGCAAAGAUCAUUUAAUAAGAAGGUUCAGUUUGAACCAAAGAAACCUGGACAAUCCAUGUCAUGCAGAUACUGCAAAAAACCAGGUCACGCUAUUGAAAAAUAUUAUAAACUUCAUGGUUUUCCUGCUGAUUUUAAGUUUACCAAAAGCAAGAGAUCAACAUCAUGUGUUCACGUUGAGGGUACUGCUUCUACAGCACUAGGCUCACCCAUGGAACAUCUUCCACCUGUCAACCAUGGAUUCACUACUGAACAGUAUCAACACCUACUUACUCUCCUGAAGCAAUCACACAUUUCUUCUGCAAACUUAAGUGACUCUCAUUCCGGGGAUAAUCAUGCAUAUGCUCACUUUGCAGGUUUGUUUUGCAGUUCUGUAGUUAACUCUGUGGAUUUUCAUGCUUGUGCAUCUUCACAAUUAAAUGUUGAUACUUGGAUUCUAGAUUCAGGGGGCCCUUCUCUGAAGAGGCCAUUGGGAAUUAGUAAGGCUGACAAUGGAUUGUAUUUUCUUCAUCUUGAUGAUAGCCCUUUAGUUUCUCCUUUUACAUUUGAUGCUUCAUGUAAUGUUUCAACUUCUGCUUCUACUGUUUCUCCUAUUUUCAAUUCUGCCAAUCCCCUUCCCAUUAGUCCCUCAUGUAAUCCAUCUUUUGAUAUCAAUAAAACAGAUUUGUUUUGGCAUCAAAGAAUGGGUCAUAUGCCUUUCAAUAGAAUGAAAUCUAUCCCUUUUAUUUCCUCACAAACUUCUUCUAAACAAUCUUUUAUAUGUCCUAUUUGUCUUAUGGCUAGGCAGCAAAGGAUGCCAUUUUCUGAUAGUACUACUCAUUCUACUGCUCUCUUCCAGUUGGUUCACAUUGAUAUUUGGGGACCUUAUAACACUGCCACAUAUAAUGGUUUUAGAUACUUCCUCACUUUAGUAGAUGACUACUCCAGGGUAACCUGGACUCACCUACUCUCUAGUAAAAGCAAUGUCAUGUCUGUGCUUAAAGCCUUCACUUCUAUGGGAUCCUCUUGUCUUCUUCUUUUGAUGUCUCUAUCAAGGCCUACAGAUUCUGACUGGGCUGCUUGUGGUGAGCCAAGGAGGUCUGUUUCUGGAUUUUAUAUUACACUUGGUGGUUCCCCAAUCUCUUGGAAAAGCAAAAAGCAGCCCACUGUUUCAUUAUCAUCUGUUGAAGCUGAAUACAGGGCUCGUCGCAAAGUGGUUGCAGAGGUCUCUUGGUUGGUCCGAAUAUUGGGUGAUCUUGGUCUACAUAUUUCUGCUCCUGUUCCUAUAUACUGUGACAGUAUUGUUGCUUUACACAUUGCCAAGAAUCCGGUCUUUCAUGAGAGGACAAAGCAUAUCGAGAUUGAUUGUCACUAUGUGCGUGAGAGUCUCAACUCUGGGUUGAUUUCUCUGCAUUUUGUGCCCAGUUCUGCUCAACUUGCUGAUAUUAAGACAAAGGCUCUUCCUGGUCCUCUCCAUCACUCUUUACUUGGCAAGCUCGGAGUAGCUUGGGUGAAGCUACCUGGUUCAGCAAUUAGGAGAAGUCUGAUGCGAAGAGAAGCUAGUUAA